AUGAGCUACUCAUUGGAUGCUUUACCUAUUAAGUCCUUAUCUGAUGUUCAAGACGCCUUCCUAUCAGUCCAGUUUUGCGAGAAGGAGAUCUUUGAUACUCUGAUGACUUGUGAUGGCAAUAAAGCCUCGGGGAGCUUCAGAUAUUAUGGAUUUUUGACCGAUCGAAUCUCUCCUGUUUUGCCUUUGGUUAUUUCUAAAAACCAAUUUGGCUUUAUUAAAGAAAGGAGUAUUCAUGAUUGUCAUAUGAUUGCAUCGGUUAUUAUACAUCUUGUCAAGCGUCGUAGAGAGCAAGUUUUUCUUCUUAAGUUGGACUUUAUGAUAGCUUUUAAUACUAUAUCUUGGAGCUUUAUUUUGGACAUGCUCCAUAAGAUGAAUUUUGAUCAGAAAUGGACUAGUUGGAUAUCCUCCCAUUUUGAUUCGACACAACUCUCAAGUCUGUUAAGGAGAUCCUAUCUUCCAUAUGCUCUUCUUUUGGUUGUGGAAAGUCGAAAAGCUCUAUUCUCCAAAGCUGCUAGCUCAGGUUUGUUUUCAGGAGUACAUAUUGAUGGUCUGGACGAGCCUGUUUCUAUCCUGCAGUUUGCGGAUGAUACUCUACUUUUUGUUCCCAAUGAUUUACAGAUGAUUGAGAACCUUCUUCGCAUUUUGAGUUGA